AGUUUCCACACGUCAAAAGCAAAACUGGAAGAAGGCGCCUUUGUUGAACCUGACAUUAGAAAAAUGAUGUUUGAUGUUUUUGAAUACACAAUGACCUUCAAUGAGAAAGAAGCAUGGCUAACAUGUUAAAGAAGUUCAAAAGUUUAGGAUGUUUGAUGAGCCUGAAAGUUGACUUCUUGAACAGUCACCUUGAUUACUUCCCGAACAAUUUAGGAGAUAUUAGUGAAGAGCAAUGUGAGCGAUUUCACCAGGACAUUAAACUUAAACACAACCAGGGCCACCGGAAUACCAGCAACUACUGUUGGUCACAUCACAGAAAAGUUCAUCAAAGAAACAGCUACACAAGGAGCUUCAAUGAAAACAGAGAAAGAAAGUAUAAAUCAGUUCCAGCUGACAAGUAAAAUCAGUAUUAUAUCACUGUUUUAAGUACCCUACUGUGAAUACAGACUAAGCUAAUUCAAUGUAAUAUAGCAUUUCAUUAAUUCCACCAUAUAUCUUAUAAGGACUUUAUACUAUAUAAUGAAAAG